AUUGUACAUCAUUCUUGUAUUUUCUGUUCUCUUCCAGACCAUGGAGUGUCUAAAGAUGAUCAAACCUGCCUUUACUCUCUCUUGUUUUUGCAUGCUUCUUUGUUAUGCCACUGUCCUCAACCCUGUUUCUGCUAAGGAAAGUUGUGAUUUUCCGGCCAUUUUCAACUUUGGCGAGUCGAAUUCCGACACCGGUGCACUGGCAGCAGUCUUUAAUUGGACCCCUCCACCUUAUGGAGAAACCUUCUUUCACAGGCCAACAGGAAGGUACUGUGACGGACGGCUUUUGAUCGAUUUCGUUGCUUCACAUUUAGGUCUUCCUUUUCUGAAUGCCUACCUCAAUUCUUUGGGAUCCAACUUCACACAUGGAGCAAAUUUUGCCUCUGCAGCUGCCACAGCCACAAUUCCAUUGUCUAAUGAUUUCGUUAUUCCGGCUGGAGGAUACAGCCCCUUUUACUUAAAUGUACAGGUUGGACAGUUCGAGCAGUUCAAAUACAGAUCACAAAUUAUUAGGAAAACUGGAGGUAUAUACAAGGAUCUAAUGCCCAAGGAGGAGUACUUUGGGAAAGCUUUGUAUGUAAUUGGUAUCGGUCAUAAUGAUCUGACUGAGCGACUUAUUGCUAACAUGACCAUAGAGGAAGUGAAUGCAUCUAUUCCAUAUAUAAUCAAUGGGGUGUCCACCAAUAUUAAAAAUAUAUACCAGUUGGGAGGUAGAUCAUUUUGGGUCCAAAACACCAACCCCAUCGGCUGCUCUCCCUUUUUCUUGACAACUUUCCCGCCCACCGCGGACGAAACCGACAGCGCCGGUUGUUCAAAGCCUUUCAAUGAGGUACUUCAGCAUUACAAUUACAAGUUGAAGGAGGCCAUUGUUCAACUCAGGAAGGAACUUCCUUCAGCUGCAUUCACAUUCGUAGAUGCGUACAGUCUCAAGUACCGUCUAAUCUCUGAAGCACAAAAAUAUGGAUUUGAACUUCCUCUUGUAUCUUGCUGUGGGUAUGGCGGAAAGUAUAACUUUGGGGUUGUGGGGUGUGGACGUACUGCAACUGUUAAUGGAAGCCAAAUAUUUGGGGGCUCAUGCAAAGACCCCUCAGUUAGAGUAUACUGGGAUGGAUUUCAUUUUACUGAUGCAGCUAACAAGUUUUUCAUUGAUCAACUCUCCACUGGGGCAUUUUCAGAUCCACCCAUUCCCUUAAAAAUGGCAUGCCACAGGGAAUUCGACUAAGUUUCCAAUUAUGCAACCACACAAACAAUAUAUAUAUAUAUAUAUAUAUAUAUAUAUAUAAUAAUGUUAUUAUACUUUUUUUUUUUUUUUUGAAAAAAUAAUUGUAGUUGUUGUUAGUUUCAAACCCACACACUCUUUGUUAAACACUAUGAUCUCUUCAUGCUGCUGUGUUUCGACCCUUCUAUGCUUCAUCAGCGAUGGUGGCUGAAGCGAUCGCUUGCCAACGUGCUUUAUUUUGGGCCUCUUCUUUGGGCUUUCGGUGUUUAAGUUUCGAAUGGGAUGCUAAGGUUGUUGAUGCAAUGGCAGAUGCUUCAGGUUGUCCCACGGUGAUUGCAUCACUUUGUUUUGAUAUUCAGAUGGAGCUUCAGACCUUCUCUGUGACCUCUUCGCGGUUUAUUCCGGAAAUUGGGUAACUCAUGAACUUGCUGUAUUAUCUGGAGCUGUUUUGGAUAUUGAUCGGGUGUUGGAUCAUAUUCCGCCUCGCGUUGAUCUUGCUCGGCUAGAUGCUUUGGGUGCUCGAGUGGAUACCAUCAGUUGUGUUUCUUAGUUCUGUUUUGUUGUGUUUGGGGCGGGUGUGUUUGUGUUGUUUGUAUUUCCUCCUCCUUUGGGUUGUUUUGCCAAAAAAAAAAAUUAAUUAAAUUAAUUAAUGAGUAUUUUUACAAUGUAGCAA